AUGGCCGACGGAUUGAACAUGGGAAACCUUUCCCUCAACGACUCCCAGCAUGCGCCUGCUGGCCCUGGUAACACUGGCCGCGCUGCCUACAUCCCUCCCCAUCUCCGUGGGCGCGCUGGGGGUGCCAACGUCGACGCUGCUGCCGCUGCUGCUCCUCCUCCCGGUCCUGCGGCCUGGAACGGUCCCAGACAAGGCGCCCCUCCCCGUGGUGGCAACUGGGCUAACGCCAACGCCUCUGAUUUUAGCCCUCGCGCUCCCAGUGGUCCCAAUGGUAACAACAGCUGGACUCCCUCGGAAGGUCAACGCCGGCCAUUUGAUCCCCAUGCUUACGGACACCCAGGUCACGGAGGCUCCUACGGUGGUUCCCAGGGCGCCUCUACUAGAGGCUCUGGAGAUGGCCAGUGGCGUGAUGGCAAGCACAUCCCUGGUCCCGCGAACGCCCGCCUGGAACGUGAACUUUUCGGUGUUCCCAACGAUCCUACCAAGCAGAGCACCGGUAUUAACUUCGCCAACUACGACGAUAUCCCUGUCGAAGCUUCCGGUCAAGAUGUCCCCGAGCCCGUCAAUGCUUUCACGAACCCUCCCCUGGACGACCACCUGAUCUCGAACAUCAAGCUCGCUCGUUACCAGACCCCUACCCCCGUCCAGAAGUACUCCAUCCCCAUUGUCAUGAACGGUCGUGAUCUCAUGGCUUGUGCCCAGACCGGCUCCGGAAAGACUGGUGGUUUCUUGUUCCCCAUUCUCUCUCAGGCUUUCCAGAAGGGUCCCUCCGCCGUGCCUGCUCAGGCUUCCGGUCAGAUGAGCUACGGCCGUCAACGCAAGGCUUAUCCCACUUCCCUGAUCCUCGCCCCCACUCGUGAGCUUGUUUCUCAGAUCUUCGACGAGGCCCGCAAGUUCGCCUACCGCUCUUGGGUUCGCCCCUGUGUUGUGUACGGUGGUGCCGACAUUGGCUCCCAGCUCCGCCAGAUCGAGCGUGGCUGUGAUCUGCUCGUCGCUACUCCCGGUCGUCUGGUUGACUUGAUCGAGCGUGGCCGCAUUUCGCUCGUCAACAUCAACUACCUGGUUCUCGACGAGGCUGAUCGUAUGUUGGACAUGGGUUUCGAGCCUCAGAUUCGCCGUAUCGUCGAGGGUGAGGAUAUGCCUUCGGUCAACGAGCGCCAAACUCUCAUGUUCUCGGCUACCUUCCCCCGCGAUAUCCAGAUGCUCGCCCGUGACUUCCUGAAGGACUACGUCUUCCUGUCCGUCGGUCGUGUCGGUUCGACCUCCGAGAACAUCACUCAGAAGGUCGAGUACGUUGAAGACGUUGACAAGCGCUCCGUUCUGCUCGAUAUCCUCCACACCCAUGGCACCAGCGGUCUGACCCUCAUCUUCGUUGAGACCAAGCGCAUGGCCGAUGCUCUGUCCGACUUCCUCAUCAACCAGCGCUUCCCCGCUACCGCCAUCCACGGUGAUCGUACUCAGCGUGAGCGUGAGCGUGCUCUGGAGAUGUUCCGCUCCGCACGCUGCCCCAUCCUCGUUGCCACUGCUGUCGCUGCUCGUGGUCUUGAUAUCCCUAACGUCACCCACGUUAUCAACUACGAUCUUCCCACUGACAUCGAUGAUUACGUCCACCGCAUUGGUCGUACCGGUCGUGCCGGUAACACCGGUAUUGCCACUGCUUUCUUCAACCGUGGCAACCGUGGUGUCGUCCGUGAGCUGAUCGACCUUCUGAAGGAGGCUCACCAGGAGGUUCCCUCUUUCCUGGAGAGCAUUGCUCGCGAAGGCAGCGGAUACGGCGGCCGUGGCGGUCGCGGUGGCCGUGGCCGUGGUGGCAAUGCCAACCGCGAUGUGCGCCGUAUGGGCGGUGCCAUGGGUGGCGGUGCUCCUUCCUUCGGCGGAGGUAGCUACGGUGGCCCCGGUGGCAGCUACGGCGGCGGCAGCUAUGGUGGUGGUGCUGCUGCUCCAUCCUAUGGCGGUGGCUACGGCGGUGCCAGCGGCGGUGGCGGCAGCUACGGUGGCAGCUAUGGCAACCCCUCUGGCCCCACUGGACCUUCUUCGUGGUGGUAA